AUGUCGGGCACAAUAUUGGAGAAUCUUAGCGGCAAAAAGUUGAGCAUUUUGGUGGCAACGCUUCUGUUCCUGCAAUUCCUCUGUUUCCUGCUGGGUGGUCUCAUCGCGCCGGUACCGGCAAGUGUGCAGACAAUUCUGGCCACGAUAUGUAAAGAUAUUCCCGGAUCGCACAACGAUACCUCGGUAUGGUUGUACUCGCGGGGUGAAGAACGCUGCCAAAGCUUGGACCAUUUCGACAUCGAAAAUGACGACAUGAAGAUGGCCAAUCAGAUAGUGUUUGUCUUUCAAAUGCCUCUGCCCCGGGAAGGUCGCCAGCUGGACUAUUCCCGCUGGCAGCAGAAUUUGAUCGGUGUGCUGCAAACGGACAUUGCGUACGAUGCGAACGUGCUGCACAAACCGCACACGAAGAUUACGAUCGAUGCACGGUUGGCGUACCGGAACAAGGGAGAUGCUGAUCAGGACUGGAAGUAUCUGGCCUCGUCGCUGGAAGAGCGAGAUCUCGACUGUACGGCAAACAACGUCACCGAUGACUAUCUGUACAACUGCAACACGAUUCCUCUGUUUGAGCUUGGUUCGCUGCAUCACGAUUUUUACCUGUUAAACGUACGUUUGCCGGUGGAUAGCGAACGACGCAUGAAUCUGGACAUUGGACACAUAAAAGAUUUGCACCUAUCCGUGAUCUACCAGAACGGUGGCUUCACGAAGGUUUGGGUAUCACUUAAGACGGUGUUUCUGCCUUUUAUUGUCCUCAUCAUGGCCUGGUUCUGGCAGCGUGUCCAUCUGCUGCACCGCAAACCGGCCCUGCUGGAAGAGAUGCUGCUGGCGCUAGGCUGUGCGCUUACAUUCUUAAACAUGCCAUUCGAAUAUUUUACGCUUUUCUUCGACAUGCCGUUUAUGUUGCUUCUGAGCGACAUACGCCAGGGAGUGUUUUAUGCUACGCUGCUAUCCUUCUGGCUUAUUUUUGCCGGCGAACACAUGCUGAUUCAAGAGACGGGCGAAAAAUCGGGUCUCAAGACGUACUGGAAGCAUCUGAGCGCGGUAGCAGUUGGAUGUGUGUCCCUAUUUUUGUUUGAUAUGUGCGAACGAGGCGUCCAGCUGCGGAAUCCAUUCUACUCGAUUUGGGUUUCUAAAAUUGGUGCAAACGUCGCGCUUGGAUUCAUCAUCCUAGCAGGCAUCUCAGCGGGAUUAUACUUUUGCUUUCUGUGCUACAUGAUCUGGAAGGUGUUUUGCAACAUCAACAUUAAGCGUACAUCGCUCCCGUCAAUGUCAUCUGCACGGCGUCUUCACUACGAAGGCAUCAUCUAUCGCUUCCAGUUCCUGAUGCUGGCAACUCUUCUUUGUGCUGCUAUGACCGUGAUUGGCUUUAUAAUUGGGCAGGUUUCCGAGGGACGCUGGAAAUGGGACGAAAACAUCGACCUGGAGUUUACCUCCGCUUUCUUUACCGGCGUGUACGGCAUGUGGAACAUUUACAUCUUCGCACUGAUUGUACUGUACGCUCCGAGCCACAAAAAAUGGCCCACCAACGAAACUACGGAAAACAUUAUGAGCGAAGAGAUAGAAUUCAGCAAUCUGCCUUCUGAUUCGAAUCCAAGCGAAAUUUCGUCUCUCACACAAUUUGCCCGAAAAGCAGCACAGGACUAA